GGAGGGGGRUGUGGGGGGCUGCACAUAGGCUCCGAGGGGAGAUGGAUGUGCAGAGAGGCAGUGGGAGUCGCAGAAACAGUAAAACAACCAGCCGCAGAUCACACACAGACACAUGCACACCAGGACUGCAUGUUGGACGUGUCUGUAGUUUAUUGGAGUGACACUCAGAUACAGCCAGGGGGGAAAAACAAAACUGAACGGGGACCAAUCUAGGACAAUUUUAACAUGUGGGAUUUAAAGAAAAACUGAAGAGUGAAGAACCAAAAAAAAAAGAAGAGGGCUGCAAAAAGAGGAGUGGGGGCAGAAAAGAAAACUAAAAGGACGAGAGAGGCAACACCAAAGCAGCAGAGCUGCUGACCUCUGCCUGCCCAGCCACACAAUGAGUGUCCAGCUGCAGGAGCUUCUCAUUUUCUGCCUGACCGUCACACAAGGUGGCUGCAUGUUCCCCGGCAACCACUGGGGUGAAUGGAAUGACUCCCAGCUUCUGCCCACCAUUCAGAGACUCAUGAAAGGAUACAACCGYUACCUUAGGCCAAAUUUCAACGAGGGUCCUGUGGAAAUCGGAAUGAGUCUUGAUAUCGCCAGCAUUGAUGCCAUCUCUGAAAUUAAUAUGGACUACACCGCCACUAUCUUCCUCCGCCAGCGCUGGCGUGACUCCAGGUUGGUGUUUCCUGGAAAUGAGAGCGUGAGCGUGGACGGACGCCUGGUCUCCCUGCUGUGGAUCCCCGACACCUUCAUCCCAGACUCCAAGCGUUCGUUCCUUCAUGACGUCACAGUGGAAAACCGCCUCAUUCGCAUCUUCAGCAAUGGGACGGUUCUCUACGCCCUUCGCAUCACUGCUACAAUCGCAUGCAUCAUGGACCUGACCAAAUACCCCAUGGACAAACAGGUGUGCACCCUGCAGCUGGAGAGCUGGGGUUAUAACAUCCAGGACGUGGUGUUCUACUGGACCAGAGGCAAUGACUCAGUGAAGGGGUUAGACACACUGCGGCUGGCUCAGUACAGUGUGGAGAGCUACUAUACAUCRGUGUCAGAGGCUGUGUAUGAAACAGGACAUUACCCCAAGCUGGUGCUGCAUUUUUCCCUGCGCCGGAAYGUCUUGUUCUUUAUCUUGGAGACGUAUGUUCCUUCCAUUUUACUGGUGGUUCUCUCCUGGGUUUCUUUCUGGAUCAGUCAGUCCUCUGUCCCAGCUCGAACCUGCAUUGGGGUGACCACGGUCUUGACGAUGACCACUCUGAUGAUGGGUGCUCGCACUUCUCUGCCCAAUGCAAACUGCUUCAUCAAGGCCAUAGAUGUUUACUUGGGCAUCUGUUUCACCUUCAUCUUUGGUGCACUGCUGGAAUAUGCCUGUGCUCAUUUUUACAGCAUGCAGCACCAAACCAUAGAGGAUUUACACCGGGAGCUACUGAGGGAGUUCUGCGAAUCCAACGGAAACGGCUCCAUCCCGAUUGUCAGCUCCAGCCARCCGAACCAGUCAGUGGAGGUCGGCUCCACUGCAGAGGAGCCUGCAGAGGAGCCCGUGAACAGUGACAUUAAGGACCACGCCACAGCAAAAGAGAAAGUGCCGAGUCAGGGCUGUGGUUUAUCAACUGUGAAAGAGGCUUCACGCAGAGCAGCGUCUGUCUUUAUCGUGGAGAAUCCACACAACAUCGAUCGCCGCGCCCGCACCGUUUUCCCCACAGCUUUUCUCUUCGUCAAUAUUCUGUACUGGCUUUAUUAUCUCUUUCUCUAAGUGCUGAACGCAAGCCUGCAGAGAUAGUUCAUUUCACCRCCCUGAAGCUGCUCUACCUCCUCAUGUUUUGCUUCAGCCACGUCACCACUGGCUGGAACUCAUCUCAUCCAAUCCGACCUUUUGCAAAAGAGAUUAAAAUAAUUUUAGAGCUACAAAUGGAUGAGAAGCUGUCGGUCCAGACUUUAUUCUCUGUUGAAAGAGGCGGUAUUGAUUCGAUAGGAAGGAUGGCUCUUGACAUACACUCACUGACAAAAAAAUGUUAAGCACCCAGAAAGAAAGGUCCAGUUUUUAACCAAAUGGUAGAUAUGUUUUUGUCCCCCAUCGCUGAGGUAGGGGAUUUAGAAAUGCUCUCCRUCCAUCCAUCCGUCACAUUUUCAUAAAGCUGUAACUUUCACAUAGAAAGGCUAAAAUACACCAAACUUGGGAUGAGUCUUGACCUGAUCAGCAACAAAUUGUGUCAGAACACACAUAAGAACUUAAUCUCACUUUCAAGCACAAAGACCUUUUGAUUAAAGGUGUGCUCAUGGCGGUGCGGCGGUCACACAUCAUGCCGUUAUACGCUUGGCUCUAAAUUCCACAUAUUUCAACCAAUCUGCACCGAAUUCUCUAUGGUCCAUCAUAAUUCACCCUGCUACAGGAAUGCAGUCAAUUUUUGGGUGGUGUGGCCUAUUUCCUCCACAGCACCCACUACAAUUAUUACAAAAAUUAGCCCCAACCCAUGCACUUGGACCUGGAAUCAUGAAAUUUGGUACACGUGUGUAACGUCUCAGGACCUUAAAAAGUCUCUUGGAGUCAUGGUUCCACUUUGCCCACUAUAAAUCACACAUACAUUAUCCAGUCUGCGCAAAAUUUGUGCACACCAUUGGGGAAACCAGCUAAACACAUUAGUGURGUAGUUUGACAAGCUCAAUUUAGUCCCUCCGUCUGUUUGUCUAUCCAUUAAAUUUGUGAGAUUAUUAAAGUAUGAAACCCUGUGAUGUUUCCAACAAAACCACUAACAUUUUGUCACUACUGAAUGGUGAUGAGGGACAUCAGCGAUGGUUGACAUCGAGUUCCAUCUUAGUAUAAAAAUGACCUGUUUUGCAAGGAGCUGGCAUGUCUAGAACAAGAAUUUCCAAGUAGAGCAAUAGUGUUAUCAGGCAGUUGCUAGAGCAUUUUGCAGUCAGUGAAAACAGUGAGUAAAGCUCAGCAGAGAUCAACAUUUCAUUGGGUUUAUAUGAGGUGCGGUAUGAGGGCCAACAGGACAACUUUUACACACUCAGCGGUGGUCCUACGUCCUUGUAGCAUGAGGCUAUAUCUAUUCUGCUACUGAUCGGAUUACUGAAUGGCUGRCGCUGGCAGCAGAGAAGGAGACUAAUGUUUUAGCAUUGGAGAGGCUAGUGACUAGCAUGCCUAGUCUGGUCAGCCACUUCAUUAGGUGCAGCCUUUUUUUUUAAAAAAAA